AUGUCGGCCAGAAGCAAAGUGUUGUACAGUUUAGUGGGUACGCGAGGCGGCGUGGUUCUAGGAGAGCUUGGAAGCAGGCCUGUGUACUUGGAGGCUUUUUUGCAGAAGAUACAGCCUUCCUCCACAGUGAAAACAGUCAAGGUUCGGAACGACUAUAUUGCGUACUCGUUUGGGCCCUGCAACAUAUACCUGGCCAUGUACAGGGAAAUAGAGGCGGAGCAGGAGGUGGAAGGCGAAGUUGAGGCAGCGAAGGAAAAAAUAGAAAACACGCCAGGCGCGAAGGAGCUGCACGGCGUGUUCAAGGCCCUCGGAGAGUGUGCGAGCGAGAGCGAGAAUGCGGAGGAGGAAGAGGCUGCAGAGCCUGACUCAGACCCUGAGGAGGAGCCUGCCAACUGGAGCCGGUGGAAAAAGGCAGGGAGCAUUAUGAAGCUGUUUUCGCGGAGGGAGGACAUUACGGAGAAGAGCGUGCACGACCAUCUCAUUGGCAGGAAUGUGCCAAACACGCUCAGCCGCAAAAUAUCCAGGGAUAUCAUGGCAGUGCUCAAGAACGAGUGUGCUGACAGCCCGCAAACAGCAGAGAGUGUGCGGAGCAGCUUUAGAAAGGUAAUAUCCGAAAUAGUGCCCACAAUGUCUCCAGAGAGCAUAAUCAGCGAGAUAGAAGCCCACAGAAAAAGCGCCAAGACGCCGUAUGUCUUUUGCAUGGUUGGCGUGAACGGGGUGGGAAAGUCCACGACGCUGUCCAAGCUUUGCCUGUGGAUACUUAAGAACAAGUACAAAAUAUGCGUGGCAGCGUGCGACGGCUUCAGAAGCGGCGCAAUCGAGCAGCUGAAGAAGUAUGUGGACAGAUACCAGGCAAGGGGGCAUGCGAUCUCCUUGUACGAAAAGGGGUACAAGAAAGACGAGGCUUCGAUCGCGAGCAAGGCCAUUUCGCACGCUCUGGAACACCACUUUGACGUGGUUUUAAUCGACACGUGCGGCCGCAUGCCUGGAAACACGCAGUCCAUGAUGUCGCUGACCAAGCUGAUUCGGGUGAACAAGCCAAACAAAAUAUUCUACGUGGGCGAGGCAUUGGUUGGAAACGACUCAAUCCAGCAAAUCCAAGGGUUCAACGAGUACAUAGAGAGAGCGUGCGUGAACAAGUCUGUUGAUGGAAUUAUUGUGACAAAGUGCGACACUGUAGACGACAAGAUAGGAACCAUAGUCAGCCUGGCACACACAGUGGACAAGCCCAUUGCCUUCAUAGGCGUGGGGCAGAAAAACGUCGACCUUCUGCCGUUUGACAUAGACAGCCUGUGCGAGUCUCUAUACAUCUAG